GCUUCUUUGGCCACGCGCUGAGCGAUGAUCGGUGUGUAUCGAGUCUAUGGGUGUCGACGUGAUGUCACCUCCUCUGAGGAACCUCAAGUGCUUUUCUCCGGUGAUGUGCCAGUGUAAACUUAUAUGUAGCAACCAGACGCUUUCGCUCAUGUUCGGCUGUAAGAAAUAUCGAUAUCAGGAUGAAGAGACUCCACCCCUGGAGCAUAGCCCCGCCCACCUGGCUCACAGUAAAAGCGCUGAGAUGCUUCACAUGAGUGAUAAGAAUCUGGCUGCCAUGGAUUCCUUGCACAGUUAUGCCCCCCCCACACACAUCUCACCAAUAAAGCCAGUGUUGCUGUCCUCUGGUCAAACCCCUAUGUACACCUCUGCAGUCUCCACACUGGGGAACUCUCCACCUGUAGUGGUAAAUACAGAUACACUGGAUGGCUCACCUUAUGUGAAUGGAGCAGAAGGAGAGAUUGAAUAUGAAGAGAUAACAUUGGAAAGGGGUAACUCUGGUCUGGGCUUCAGUAUCGCCGGAGGUACUGAUAAUCCUCAUGUAGGAGAUGAUCCCAGCAUAUUCAUUACCAAGAUCAUUCCAGGAGGAGCUGCAGCACAGGAUGGGAGACUCAGAGUAAAUGAUAGUAUUCUGUUUGUGAACGAUGUCGAUGUCCGGGAAGUGACCCACAGUCAGGCGGUGGAGGCCCUUAAGGAGGCGGGUGCUAUCGUCAGACUUUAUGUAUUACGCAGAAAACCUGUCGCUGAGAAAGUCACUGAAAUGAAGCUCAUCAAAGGGCCAAAAGGGCUAGGUUUUAGUAUAGCGGGUGGUGUCGGUAACCAGCACAUCCCCGGAGACAACAGCAUUUAUGUCACAAAGAUUAUAGAAGGAGGAGCGGCACAUAAGGACGGACGACUACAGAUUGGUGAUAAGAUACUGGCGGUGAAUAAUGUAUGUUUAGAGGAUGUGAUGCAUGAGGAUGCAGUGGGGGCCCUGAAGAACACAGCAGAGGUGGUCUACCUCAGAGUGGCAAAGCCAAGUAACCUGUACCUUACCAACAACUACAACCCACCAGACCUCACAAGCACAUACUCACCGCACCUGGACACGGAUUUUGGACAUCCAAACUACCUGGGUUCAGAUUACCCACAAGCCCUCACUCCCACUUCACCAAGCCGCUUUUCUCCUGUGCUGCAUGGCAUGCUGGGAGAUGACGACUUACCCAGGGACCCGAGGCGUGUUGUGAUCCACAGAGGAUCAACGGGUUUGGGCUUUAAUAUAGUUGGAGGGGAGGAUGGUGAGGGAAUCUUCAUCUCUUUCAUCCUGGCAGGAGGCCCUGCGGAUCUGAGCGGAGAACUCCGCAAGGGAGAUCAGAUCCUGAGUGUGAAUGGUGUGGAUCUGCGAGCAGCUACGCAUGAACAAGCAGCGGCUGCUUUAAAGAAUGCUGGACAAACUGUCACCAUAAUCGCCCAGUACAGACCAGAAGAGUACAGUCGAUUUGAGGCAAAGAUUCAUGAUCUGAGAGAGCAGUUGAUGAACAGCAGUAUGGGCUCUGGAACCACAACAUUACGCAGUAACCCAAAAAGAGGAUUCUAUAUCAGGGCUCUGUUUGACUAUGAUAAGACAGCAGACUGUGGUUUCUUGAGUCAGGCCGUGGGCUUCAGGUUUGGAGAUGUGCUGCAUGUUCUGGACUGUGGAGAUGAAGAAUGGUGGCAGGCCUGCAGAGUCAGCCCACAGGGCGAUGAGGAGGAGGUCGGCUUCAUCCCAAGCAAGAGGAGGGUUGAGAGAAAAGAGUGGUCGAGGUUGAAGUCAAAAGAAAGGGAACGAAGUCGAGACAGUACAGGCUCCCUGGGAAGGGAAGAUACAGUACGCAGUUAUGAGACAGUUGCACAAGUGGAAGUGCACUAUGCCAGGCCGAUCAUUAUUCUGGGUCCAGUGAAGGACAGAGUGAAUGAUGACCUUCUCUCUGAGUUUCCAGAUAAGUUCGGCUCUUGUGUGCCUCAUACGACACGACCCAAGCGGGAGUAUGAGGUGGAUGGGCGGGACUAUCACUUUGUGUCAUCUCGGGAACAGAUGGAGAAAGACAUUCAGAACCAUCGAUUCAUUGAAGCGGGCCAGUACAACAGCCACCUGUAUGGAACCAGUGUUCAGAGUGUCCGAGAGGUGGCUGAACAGCAGGGUAAGCACUGUAUUCUGGAUGUGUCUGCAAACGCUGUUCGUAGGCUACAGGCUGCACAGCUCCACCCAAUUGCCAUCUUCGUACGGCCCAAAUCACUGGAGAACGUCCUAGAGGUAAACACACGACUAACCGAGGAACAGGCCAGGAAAGGCAUGGACCGUGCUAUUAAACUGGAGCAAGAUUUUCUGGAGUGCUUCUCUGCGAUCGUGGAGGGUGACAGUUUUGAGGAGGUUUAUCACAAAGUGAAAACAGUGAUUGAGGAGCAGUCAGGGCCUUAUAUCUGGAUUCCCACCAGGGAGCGUCUGUGAGAGCCAACCCAGAGCCGAACCACCUCGCCCAGUCACCAUUUGGCCUACCUGCCCUGGACUGUGGAGCUCCGAUUUAAUGAGCUCAUGAAAAUAGACAGAGAGAGAGAGGGAGAGAUUAAAAAAGAGGAAGAAAUCAAGGAGGCAACAGGAAAUGAUGGCAUGGAACAGCACAGGAGCUACAUCUGCCUCCAGUUUCCUCGUCCAGCUUUGUAACUUCCUGAUUCUGCUUUUCACUUCCUUUCUCUGUCUUUUCUGAGUCCUUCUCCUUUUCUCUCACAAUAAUGUCCUCUUCCACAGGACUGGUGAGCUGUUUUACGAACAGGGAUGCUACAAAGAAAUUUUGUGUAUUGUCAGAUUCCCUCUCUCUCUACGAAUGAGACAAAAUCGAGAGAGACAAGUGACAAACUUGGCUUUUACUGGAAUGAGACAUUCAAGAGCAAUUCCUAAAUAAAUGAGCUCGUUUUACAAUCCUAAUGGUGAAUUGAACUGAAUAAUGAAAGUAUAUUUAUCAGUACCAAUAAUGCUCUGAAAAUCUUCAAUAUCAAAGAUAUUACAACUCAGAGACUGACAUUCACUCUGUCACCCAGUUAUCAACAUCAAAGGCGUUUGAUUUAUUUUUAUUCAUUUGAUGCAGAGAAGAGAAGAGCUUAAUUUGUGGUUCUUGAAAUCUAGGAAGUACCGAGAAGUCCUUCGAAUGUUCCCCUUAAAGCUGAAGUGUGUGAUUUUUGGAAUUUGUAAGUUGAUUUCCCCCCAAAAGUGUAAAACUCUUUUUCGCUCUGUUUGAUUGAGUAUCUCGGCCAGCCCAUCUCAGCAACAUUGGUUCAACCGUUGAUUUGGGUUUGAAGGGGGACUGUCUGUUUGGUCAACCAAUGGCAGAUAUGGGUAGUUUUCAGGAGAACUGUUUGAAUUAUUAUUUGUGCAGUUUCAGUGGUGCAGAAAUUACACACUUCACCUUUAAAUUAUUUAAUCACAGUGAAUGAAAAAAUGGAAGGGUUUGGAUGACAGCAGGAAAAUGCAGACUGAGAAUUUCAUUCUGUACAUCCACACGUUUGAUAUUUAGAGUUAUGUUUUCUUUAAUUUUCUUGCGCUGACAUAUAAACAUGCACAUUUAGACAUGUGCAAAUGUGUUUUUUUGCCAUCUUUCAUCUGGGUCUUUUUGCAAUAGCCCUACUGAUGUUUUCGUUUGAAAUGAAAUCCAUUCGCUCUGUUGGAUUAGUUUCCUGAGUGUGCCGCUCUCAAACAUAAUGAAUCCAGGCUGCUCUUUAAUGUGCAAUAUCAGGCUCUUCGGCAUGUGUUCUUCCAUUAUCUGCUCAUAAUGUAACCAGUUUUUGCCAUGCUUAUAUCAUGAAGUCAUUGGUAAAUUAUCAAAAAGCUUCAAACAUAAAACUUUUGGUCAUUUUAAAUACCUAUUGUUGGAUUUCAGUUCAGAUUCACAUUUGUGCUGAUAUUGGCUAAGAUCACAGUGUAAGCGAAGUGCCCAGUUCUGAGGCUGAGUUCAGAAUGGCAAACUACUCAUACUACUCUUACUACUUCUGCCAUAUCAGUCUAUGGCAGAAAUAGUAAGAGUAGUAUGAUAGUAUGCCAUUACGAACUUGGCCUCAUUUUCUGCUCAAAUCUGAAAAUUUUGAAUUGGGCAUAAUGGGCAGUACCCUGGCAUUGAUAUUUAUUAUUUUAAUUCAUAUAUUUAUUGUAAUGUAUUACAAUAAUUAGGGGAUGCCUAUUGUUGCAUAUUUAAGCGGCAGAACGUCUAUAUGGAAGGCAUCUAUAUAGUAAUGAGGUAUAGCACCCCACUGUCGCGUAGGGUUGCCAACUGUCCCCUAUUUUGGCCAAAAUGAAGACAUCCCGUAUGGGACAUGGUUGGAUGGCGCAUUGAAGGCAUCUGUAUAGUAAUAAGGUAUAACACCCCACUUUGGCGUCGGGUUGGCAACUACCCUGUAUUAGCCGGGACAUUUCGUAUUUUGGCUAAAGUGAAGAUGUACCAUAGAGGACACCUAUUGUCCCAUAUUUAAGGGGAGACACGCUGAAGACGAUCAUAAGGUGAAACGUCCCAUAUUGAACACAUCUGUAUAGUAAUAAGGUAUAACACCCUGCUGUCACGUAGGGUUGCCAACUGUCCCGUGUUUUGCCCAAAAAGAACAGGACGCCUAUUGUCCCUUAUUAAAAGUCUUGACAUGGUCAGAUGGCAAGAUGUCCUGUAUUGAAGGCAUAUGUGUAGUAAUGAGGUAUAACAUCCCACCGUCUCGUAAGGUUGCUAAAUGUGCAUUAUAUGAAGAAAUCUCAUAUUUAAGUGGUGAAACACUCGACACGGUAAGGUGGCGAAACGUCCUGUAUUGAAGGCAUCUUUAUAGUCAUAAGGUUUAACACCCCACUUCGUGUAGUGUUGUCAACUGUCCCAUAUUAGCCAGGAUGUUUUUUGGCUGAAGUUAAGAUGUCCCGUGUAAAACAAUUGUCGUGAAAUGCUUAAGAUGGUCAGACGGUGUAUUGUAAAGAGGUAUAACACCCUGCCGUCACGUAGGGUUUCCAACUUUCCCAUGUUUGGGACAUCCUGUAUUUUGGACUAAAUGAAGACAUCCCAUCCCAUACUUAAAUGGCAAAAUACUAAAGGCUGUCUGGCCGCAAAACAUUCAGUAUUAAAGGCAUCUGUUAAACAAUUACUGUUGGUAUAACACCGUCAUGUAGGGUCGCUAACUGUCCAAUAUUUUCUGUAUGGGAUGCCUAUUGUUAGAUUUGGGCCACAUUCAUCUGCGUUGUGAUCAUAGCCAUAAUUACCAUUCAUUCAGCACAUCAGUAAACUCUCCACACACAUUUACAUAUGUACACACAAACAUACUAUCAGGAAAAUACCUUGUUUUACAAAGGUUUUAUGCUGUAUAUCAGAUUAUAAUUGACUAUUGUAAUGGAAUUAUUGAUACAUCUCAAAAUCCAAUAAGUAAACAUCAGUGACAUUGUACGAGUUAAUUGGCAUUUCGAUUACUUGUGAAGAGGAGCUGGUCUUUUAUUGGAAUAUGAUUGUGAGUCCAUUGUGUUUAAUUAAAUUAAUAAAUGGCUAUACAGCUAGAGAGUUUAUCUUAGCUAGCAGUUUGCCUGCCUCCAACUAAUUAUACUUCUAAAAGCUCGACACUCACUUGGAAAACAAUUUUUGUGAGGCUUCACGUACAAUGGCCCAAAAACUUUUGGAUGCAUACAGUGAGUCGCUUAAAAUGAAUAAAUAUCUUUGCACUGGAUAACAAAAUACCAAAGCAAGUGGCACUGGAAAACAAAUUAAGCUAGAGCUUAUUUCAGAACUAACUUUAUUUUCUGAGUCAUUUUUCAAUGACUUGUGGCGAACUGGUGUCAAGGUGAAUAAAUGGAUGUAUGAAAGUGUAAUUUAUCACAUUUACUAUGUUAAUGUUUGAUAAUCAUAAAGUUCCAAAAUAAUUUUUAUCUUCAUUUUAAACAGUAUAUCUAUUGCUUAAUAAUUUAAAACAUAUCAAACAUCUUACUGUAAAAUGUUUUGCUUGAAAUGUGUGCUUGUGCUUAUAUUUAUUUAAAAUAAAUGCCACUUGGUUUGGUAUUUUGUUAUAUAAUGCAAAGAAAUUUUUUAAGUGUGGCUAAAGUGUACAAAUAUUUUUUGGGGCCACUGUAGCUCCCACUUCCACAUUGGCCGACAUGAGAAUGGCAGAAUGAUUUUAUUUUUUUAUUUUUUUUAUUUUUAUUUUUUUUUGGCCCUUUUUGUGCUGAGACAGUGAUGCUGUAAAAAUCAAUACAGUGCUUUCAACUCAGAAGGUGUCAUACUCUAAGGUCUAAUGCAAGGACGAACAUCACAGUCUGGCGGUUUGGUUCCGACUGAUGCAUUUGAUUAAUUUGAUGAUUAAUUGAUGUAAAUCUGUGCCAUGAACUGUGAUAAUUUAAACAGAAUGUUACUGAGGCUAUUCCAAUCCAUAUGAUAUGAAAGCUGAUAGAAUUUUUAUGUGUGUCAGGCCGUAAAAAGACUAAUAAGGAGGAGUGAAACAUUUGCACUUAUUAAAAGAAAAGAUGAUUUAUAGCAACUGACAUGAUUUCUGGCAAACAAAGAAAAUGGAGAAAGAAUGAGAGAGGCCAAACUGGUGGCUUUUUUACUUUCACUUCAUUUCUUUUGACUUUUUUGCAUUGGAAUUUCAAUAUUUGAGUGUGUUUGGAGUGUAGUGACAGUUUUUUCUUUUAGGUUUUAUUUUAAAUUAUGGAUUUUAUAUACUUGUUUUCCUCAAAGGGGUUGUUUGUUUGUUUAUUCAAUUAUUUAAUAUUUUGUUUACAUCUGGGUUUCAUGUGAAGACUGAAGCGCUUUUUGCUGUGGUUUCCUAAGUGGGGCUGCACACAAUCAAAUAUGACCAACUGAAAAUUGACAUUUACUGUGAAUUUUUUUUUUUUUUUUUUUAAA